AUGACGGAAGCGCUGAAGGUUGCGCCAGUCCUAUCGACGCCAGACUCGCGGAUUCUAGAGGAAACCGAACCGACAGCAGUCAACCAACCUAUCGGCCAGAAUUUAUCGGACGAGGAAUUCCGCAUUACUUACGACAUUGAGCGGACGAUCAGGGAGAUAAAAGAGGGGAAAUGGCAGAGAAUAGCCCUCCAAUUCCCAGAUGACAUGCUACCUGAUGCGCCGCGAGUUUUCCAGCUCUUAAGCCGCGGCCUCAGUUCCCAUGACAAUGAUAGCCAGAAGAAAAGACACAACACCAACGGCGUGGAAGGAGAUGACAAAGACGUAGAAGACGUGACCAAUACUAUGGACCAGGAGUUGAAUCUGGACAAAAAAUCUGAAGAUUGUACGCCCAAGCUAUAUAUACUGGCAGACACCUCGUACGGAACCUGCUGUGUGGACGAAGUUGCGGCAGAGCAUGUCGACGCAGAUGUUGUAGUACAUUAUGGAAGAUCAUGCCUCUCACCAACUGCGAGGCUACCUGUGAUAUAUAUAUUUACGUGUAGGCCACUCGAGCAUGAUGAAGUCAUCCAGGCCUUUGAGGAAUCAUACCCAGACCAUGAAGAGAAAGUCGUCAUUGCCGCGGAUGUAACAUAUACCGCACAUGUUGAGGAGAUAGCAAAAAUACUCACACAGCAAAAGGGGUAUACCAAUAUUUUUGCGACCCAAGUGGUGCAUAACCCUUCCUCCCCGAUUCCUAACCGGACGAUUCCGCCAUCAGUGGAGGCUGGAGAGGAGUCAUUAAACGACUGGCAGCUCUUCCAUAUCUCUGAUCCGCCAACCUCUUUGCUUCUAACUCUCUCUUCCCGUGUUGCCGCAAUCCGGAUAUACCCAGCUGAUUCUGGAGCUAGUGGUAAGUCUGGCUCUGGAAGUAAGGCAUUACUAGCAUCUACUGCGGUUUCUCUUCGUCGUCGAUAUGCCAUCCUGACGUCCCUCAAUACCGCACCGAUCUUUGGCAUUCUUGUGAAUACCCUCAGUGUGAAGAAUUACCUCCACAUCGUGCAGCAUGUUCAGAGGCUCAUUGCGGCAGCAGGGAAGAAGAGCUACCUCUUUGUUGUUGGAAAGCUCAAUGUGGCAAAAGUAGCCAAUUUCAGCGAGAUAGAAGGAUGGGUCAUCAUUGGAUGCUGGGAAAGCUCGCUUGUGGAUAGCAGAGAGUUUUGGAGACCGGUCAUUACGCCAUAUGAGCUGGAACUCGCACUUCAAAGUGACAGUGAGCGGAUAUGGACCGGAGCGUGGAGCAGUGACUACCAGUCCCUACUCAACUUCGAGCAGAGUGCUGCGCCAAAACAGAAAACUGAUAGUCCUAUCUCAUCUCCGGCGAAGGCUGAAACUGAGGCUGAAACAGAUACACUCAAUCAUGCAGGAGAGAAUGAAGACGAAACUUUUUCUGAGCCAGAGUCAGCUCCCCCUGAUUUCGAUUUCCGAACGGGCCGAUACGUUUCAACCUCGAAUUCCCGACCCAUGCAGGCGUAUUCAGGCUCUUCACAUUCGGCUGCCUUGCCCAACGCUGCUCAUGAGCAACAAGCUGCUGCUGGUGCUUCGAGAUCUCUCGCAAAACGAUUCAACUCAGACGUUGCCACCAUCGGCGGUGUUGUCUCCCCUGGUGCCGAGUUUUUAAAGUCCAACAGAUCAUGGAGAGGGCUGGGUAGUGAUUUUGUCGUUGAAUAUGAGGACGACAACACCCAGGACGGUGGUCUCAAGGGGAGUGCCGUUGUUGAAGGCCUCUCGGGAAUUGCUCGAGGGUAUAGAAUUGGCGACAAUCAAGAACGGCGGUAA